AUGGGUAGUGUCGAUACAUUGGAUAUAUUAGUAGCAUUGCAUCCAAUUCCAUUCAAAUCAAAACGAUGGUACACACGGAUUAUUUGGAGAAUUUUCGAUUUAAUGGUUAUAAACUCUUGGAUACUCAUGAAUCGUGGUAACAGUAGUGAUGGGUAUGGCGGAUCGACUCAUGGGAUCUUUAGACACUUUCAUUUCAAGUCAGAAAUAGCAAGAAUUCUACUGAGAAAGCCAUUACUCAGUCAUCUGCAACCAGCUCCGGUUGGUUCAAUUCCGCAAGAAGUCGACAGUGAAGAAGAAAACGAACCACCAAUGAAAAAAUUUCGUGAACUGGCAUUAAGUUUACCAAACGUUUUACGUUAUGAUGGUACAGAUCAUUGA